AUGAUUUCGGGAAAGGGUUUUUCUGCUUAUAAAGUGUUCGUUACUUGGGGAAAUCGUAGAUUAGAGUUUUAUGUCUGCGGUUUAGACCCUGACAGCGGCGGUGUGUCUAAAGAAGUUUCAUCAUCAUCAUCAUCUUCUCCUUCUUCUUCUUCAUCUUCUUCUUUUUCUUGCCUCUCUGCUGUAUCUGCAGCUAAGGUGCUGCAGCCUGAUAUCGUGAUGGUUGGCUUAGGGUAUUUAGACCGGGAGAAGAUGUUUGAGACAUUUUCAGUAGAGAAGUUGUUGCGAUGUCGUCAGCCUGAAGCUGUAGAAGUUGUGAUUAAAAGAGACAAUGGUCAAUUCAUUCCUUUAAUGCAAUUUCUUAUUCUUAAAAAUAUUCAAUAUUACCUCGUAGGCAGAGAUAGACUCGUAGAGAUGGGAGCGCUGGGGCGUGAACUGCUCUGGAGGCCUGGAGAAAUAUAUUAUUUAUUUUUUAGUUUGUUAAAAAGUAAAAAACAAAAAGAAAAUAAACUUACUCCGUCUCUUAACAGAGUACUUGCAGAAGAGGGCUCUCGAUUCACAACACUCAAGAUACACCAGCUGCUCUUACAGUGGUUUUCACAAGAUAAAACUGCCGAUACACCUGAACCGGAACACGAAUUCAGAGAGCAGACUUUCAUCAACAAGUGGGCAAUAGGGCGAAGUGAAAGGGAAUGUGCAUUGCUGCUUCGUGCACAACAAUUAGAGAAGACAAAACCACCUCUAUCAGAUGCUCUCAGGGAGAAGAAGAAUAUGAAGAUUCUUUUAGUCUGUGAUGUAGCUAUGCAGAGGAGGCUUGCGGAGCGCCUUCAGACUGAGUUGAACGGCUGCUUGAGGGGGAAUAAGGAACCCCUUUAUAAAGAAAUGAUGCAGCUGCAGGACACAAGCUCAACACGAUUUCAUCUCUGCUUAAUGAUUUACUUCAUCCUCCCAGUAGCUACACUUUGUCGCUUCCUUUGGAAACGUGCAAAGAAAGCCUAUCUCCAAUAUGCCGUUGUUGGCACUACUGUAACCGUCGGCGGAGAUGAAGUGCUGUCGCGCUUGAGAAGCGGAGUAGAGGAGGAAACAGAAGAAGGAAAUAAAGAAAAACCAAAUGCAAAGGACAAAUUGGAGAUCGUAGAGUCCAGAUGGUUGGGCUUUAAACAUGUCGUCCGAGAUACUUCAAGAGAUUAA